GAAUAACAUUGCCCACCAGUUCUCAGCAGAUACAUAGUCCUCUUCUCUUUUCCAUUCUGAGAAGCGCCCCCAUUUGAGGAACUCAGUACGCGUCGUUGCGCUGCGCCCCUUUCAAGCUCUCCCUACGUCAUUUGCUGGCGCCCCUGUCCCCACGCGUAUUUUCCAACGUGACAUUCAUCGCGCUUUCACCGUCGUGACUCGUACCUCGCAACGUAGAUAGCACGGCACAAAGAGACUCCGCGAUGGACGCACACGACACGAAGCCACAAAAGGAGACGGACAGAAAAGAACGCACAGGUCACGAGGAAGACGAAGUCAUCGAGGUGGCCCUCACACCAGAGCAAGAAGCUGCCGCCCUCGAAGAAUCAAACACAUUGAAAUCAGAAGCGACAACCCUCUUCACAGCUUCCAGUUUUCAGGACGCUCUAAACACAUACCUCUCCGCCCUCGCACCGCUACCCAAGAAGACACGCUUUCCCCGUGCAGUCCUAUACUCCAACAUAGCCGCAUGCAAUCUCAAACUAGAAGAAUGGAAAGACGCCAUAAGGAGUGCCUCCAAUGCUCUCGAUGAGCUCAAAGAAUUUGAAGUCAGCUUGGAGCAGGAGAGAAAGGCAAAGUCACAGGAAGAAGACGAAGCAGAUGAGGAGAUUGUGAGCUCGGGUGCUGAGACGGCGGCGCCCAUCCAGGACGCUGUCGAGAGGGACAUUCUCCGGAUACGCAUCAAGAGUCUGCUCCGCCGCGCGAGGGCGUACUACAACACCGAUCCGCCGACGUGGCACUCACUGUCGUCCGCGCAGUCGGACUACAACACGCUCCUCACGCUGCCGACCACCUUUCUCACGCCGUCGGAUCUGCGCACGGUCAAGACGCAGCUGCGCGACCUCGAGCCCCGCAUCAAGGUGGCGCAGGAACAGGAGAUGGGUGAGAUGUGGGGAAAACUCAAGGAGUUGGGCAAUGGCAUUCUGAGGCCCUUUGGCAUGAGCACGGAGAACUUCAAGAUGGUCAAGGACGAGAAGACGGGUGGGUACAGCAUGAAUUUCCAGCAGAACCAGUGAUGGAUGCCAUGGCCCAGAGGGAGAUCAAACAGCUAUAGAUUUGUACAAACCUGUACUGGGCGCGCGUCCGUGUUGCGGCUCGAGUGAGAGUCGCGACUCGCGACAUGAGGCGCCCAUAGAACACUGUCACGUGACCGAUCUAGCUCCAUCAUCACGUUCCCAUACAGCGCUCUCAUCUUGCUCAUUUUCAACAAACA